CAGGAUUUGAAUCUCAGACAGGAAAACGGCUCAGCGCUCAGACUGCAAGAGUUCACUAAGCCUGGAGACCAAAGACUAAAGACUGAGGCUUAUUUACCUCCUGUCUCUUCUCAGAUACAGGAAUACCACUGUAGGAGUAUUGGUUUAUAUACUGGAGGAAGACUGGGGGGAUUUUAUCCGGCGUCGCCAUGAGGAAAAGUGAGAUGCAUGCCGCUGAAUCAGUGGCAUGUCUCAAUAAAGCCCUCACACACCUCAGAGACAUCUGGGAGGAGAUUGGAAUCCCUGAGGACCAGAGGGUGCAGCGGACUGAUGCGGUUAGAAUGCAUGUCAAGAACCUGCUGACCAUGAUGAUAGAAGAGGAGGAAGGGCUUAAAAAGAGGUUGCUGAGUAGUAUUGGGACCUGUCGGAAAGAGCUGGACACACUGUGUGAGGAGCUUCAGCUUCCACCGUUUGAGGAGGAAGAUGGUCUGACCAUGCUGCAGCUGGAGAGUGUGAUUCGCACUCAUUUGAAGGUGAUGUUGAAGCAGAAGACUCAGAGAAUGAACGAGCUGAAGGAUCUGAUACAGCAGGACCGGGAGCUGUGUGAUAUUUUGUGUGAUAACCCUUAUGCCAUCAGUCCUGACCGUGUGCCCUCUGCUGAGCAGCUGAAGGACUAUAGUCAGCACAUUGCCACCCGCAACCAGGAAAAGGAGCGCCGUCAUGCAGAGUUUGUGACCAUCAAGCGUCAGAUUGUUUUGUGCAUGGAGGACCUUGACCAGAUGCCGGACACUAGCUUUGAGCGAGACGUGGUGUGUGAGGAUGAGGAAGCAUUCUGCCUGUCCACAGAAAAUAUCACUGCCCUCAAAGUGCUGCUGAACCAGUUGGAGAAUCGAAAAGCAGAGAACGAGGCGCUGUGUGUAUCCUACCGUGACCGUAUUGGAGAGCUGUGGGAGAGGCUGCAGAUCCCUCAGGAUGAGAGGGACUCUAUUGCUGAACACAUGAAGAGCAGCAAAAAGAAGAACAUGGAGGCUCUGCAUGCAGAGCUGGAGCGUCUGAAGGAGCUGAAGAUGAAGAACAUGCAGAGCGUGAUUGAAACAAUCAGAGCAGAAAUAGCACUCCUCUGGGAGAAGUGCUUCUACAGCCUAGAGCAGAGACAAGCUUUCGUUCCAUAUUAUAGCGAUGAUUUCAGUGAGGAGUUGCUUGCUAUGCACGAGGAAGAAGAGCAGAGGUUGAAACAGCAUUAUGAACAUCACAGAGAGCUGUAUGAUGGCGUCACUAACUGGCAGAACAAUUGGACCCUCUACCAGACACUGGAGAAAAAGGCCACAGAUCCAUCUCGAUUUAACAACAGGGGAGGCAACCUGCUGCGGGAGGAGAAGCAGAGAGCAGAUCUGCAAAAAAGUCUGCCCAAGCUGGAGAAGAGUCUGAAGACCCAGAUUGAGCAGUGGGAGGCGGAGCAGGGUACACAGUUCCUGGUCAAUGGGCAGCACUUUAUGCAGUAUGUCGAGGAGCAGUGGAACCUGCACCACCUGGAGAAGGAGAGAGAAAAGCUGGAGAGGCAAAUGAAGAAGAGCAAGCAAACUGAAGAGGAUAUGCUGUACGGAACAUCCCUCCGAACCCCCACCAAGAGGAGGUUAGCAGGAACACCCACACCAGGGAAAUCACGCAAGAUGAAUACCACCUCCAGUAUCUCUAGCGCCUCUUGUAAUACCACCCUACGCUCCAUUUGUUACUCUCCAUCCAUGAGACCUCCCCUCUCAGCCAGCAAGGUUGGCACAGGGUUGCGAACACCGGCACGUGGCCGAACCCCACGUGGUCUGGAAAGGAAUAAGGAGAACCUGUCUCAGCUUAGUGGAGCCCUGCGCACCAUGACCUCCAGCCCACACAGGAGCAACUACUCCAUCAACUCAGUCGCCAGCUCCUACUCUGAGUUUGCGAGGGAUUGUGUCAACAUUGAGUCCACAACCAUCUCCAGCGAGAGCUCUCUCAGGCCUCACAAUCCAACAGCAAAGCUAGAGUUCUGAACUCCACGAUCACACGCUAAGUGCAGGUCCUGAGGAUGGAACUGGGACACUUUGGUGGCGGUCGUCUCCUCUCAGCAUUAACUUAACUCCAGAUGAAGGGAAGAGUGUUUAAGAGAAUUAAUUUGAAUGUAAACCACCUGCAAAAAAAUGUGUUUUUGAGGACUUGUGUAAAUAUUUUACUCCUAUUUUAUGGUUUCACGUUUCUAACAUGUAUCUUAGAAUGAAUCAGUCUUCCAUGUGAUGUCAGGAUCAAGAGUUUUUAUAAAAACUUUUCCUUUUUUUCUCUCUAAUAAACAGAACGUUUUUUUAUUAUGCUUUUUAAUAGGAGCUUGUACAGAAUGGUUUGGAGUCACAGAGGCUUUCUUUUGGAAUAUUCUGUCCUGUCUGUAUUUAUUGUUAUGCUCUUUUCUACUACCUAACACUAGUCAUUUGUUCUUAAAAUGUUUCAGUUCCCACUUCACCACGCUGUUCUCAACCUGUAAAAUAAAUUUUCACUGAGGAAACCUGCCUCGAGUUGAUUUACUGAAUGGAAUCAGAAGUGGGCAGUAUGGAAAAUGAGUAUGUGAAAUAGUGUUGAGGGAUGUACAGUAUAUUUUGCUGUGUGGGUUUUUUUUUUUUUUUUACUUUUCUCCCUGACCUUCUUACAGCAAAAAACAAACAAAUCAAAUGUUUCUCCAACUCAGUUUUUUAUGUGCUUUUCUUUAUUUAAGCCAAUUCAAAAACAUACAAAUGCAUUUCUCCCCACAGUUGGAAAGGGGCUCAAUUCUGAAUAAAUAUUUCUUAUCAAAAAUGGAAGACACUGAGGCAUAAAUACGCUCUAAAACAUGUUCCAAUCCACGCAGGUUUAUCAUGUUUCUGCUGUGGAUGGCAUUAGUUAAAUUGUAGUUUUAAUUGUGAUGUUAAAGUAAAACUUUUAGAUUUGGGGUUGAUUUAAAACUUUUUUCACCUCAAGCAAAAAAUUGCAUCAGUAUAAAAUGUAACUGCACAUUGCAUCACUCAAAUGCAAAUGUGCAAAUACAAAUUUAAACUAACUAUUAAAAGUAUGUCCACAAUUUUUUCUUUUUAUUUAGGUUCAAUCUUGACUUCAUAAUAUGGUUUUUAACUGCACACAUUUUCUUUUAUAACUAAUUCUCAUUUUUAUGGCCUGGAAUCAGUGCCAGAUUUAUUCCUCUUACCCUGGACAUGUUUGGUUGUCCUUCUCUAACACAUUUUUUUCCCAGUAAGAUUCAUUAAUGAACUGGGCCUACAUAGCCUAGUGAUUAGAAUAUCUUAACUGGUAAAGAGAAAGAGAAUGUUCACUGUGCAGCUCAUUUGACCAAUUAGGGAUUCCCUGCAACAAAAAAAGCAUAAAACAGCAUAUGUUCACUAUCACACAAACACAGAUUAUGUGUUUUAAACAUUGGCAUGCUGGAGGACCAGCGUAAACUGGCGGCCAGGUGGGGGGUAGGGGGUGGUGGCACUGAGAUGCAUUUGGGAUACUCAGAUCUGAUUAGUUGAAUCAGGUGUGUUGGGAGCUGGAAAACACAUUUACUGUACAGCACAUUUAAAAGUUAUUGUUAAAGGGAUUGGAAACCACUGCUCUAACGAAAAAAAAAAAUACACAGCCUUUGACAGUGUUUAUAAUUGCAUAUUUUUCCACACUGCUCAAGUCGCUUAUACCCCAUGCCACAGCAGGCUGUAUCAUAGCAAUGCUGGCAGUGCUUCUAUUUGGUCCAGAGAAUUAUGUCAUGACUAGUCGCAAGCACUGGUCUGUUUGGGUGUUGGAAUAUAAUACUGUGGAGUGGCUGAGCAGCUGUAAGAUUAUCUUAUAAAAAUGUAUCCACCUUCUGCAUGAUUUCAAAGAGGAGACCAUGUUUGCUUACUUUGUGUUAAAUCUUUCGGUGCAGCAGUGUUUUCAUAUAGGUUACACCCACAGUUAUAAUCAGUACAGUGAAGGAAAUAAUUAUUUGAUCCCUUGCUGAUUUUGUACGUCUGCCCACUGAAAAAGAUAUUGUGGCGUCUGUGUGUGUGUGUGCCAGCUUGUAGUGUGCCUGUGGGGGCGGGUCAUGGUAAUCCGGGGCCAGCGGGGCAUUAUGGGGGUAUGUUUUGGGUGGGUUAAGGGGACCUACCAUCUCUGUGCUGGAUAGCUGGGUUGGUGGCCUCAGGGCUGUUUGUGCUGAGUAGGUAGUUGGGUUUUGCUCUCCUCACCUUGUUAAAGGCUAUAAGUGAGUGGCAAGCCUGUUAAUAAAGAGCUGUUGAGUACUUGCAA